UCUAGGCCAGGAUGACUUGUGAAAACACAUUUACAGUCUAGAUUAGAAUGACAUGUGAAAACACAUUUACAGUCUAGGUCAGGAUGACUUGUGAAAACACAUUUACAGUCUAGAUUAGAAUGACUUGUGAAAACACAUUUACAGUCUAGGCCAGGAUGACUUGUGAAAACACAUUUACAGUCUAGAUUAGAAUGACUUGUGAAAACACAUUUACAGUCUAGGCCAGGAUGACUUGUGAAAACACAUUUACAGUCUUAGUUAGGAGGACUAGUCAAACAACAUUUACAAUCUAGGUCAGUCUGACCUGUUAAAACAUAAUUAUAGUCUAGGUCAGCCUGACAUAUGAAAACACAUUUUACAGUCUAGGUAAACUUUGAAAAAACCCACACACCUAAAAGUGAAUGUCUCAACCUGUAUUGAAAACACUAACUACACACAAAAACUCAUGAGAUGUGCGUCAUGGUGUAAUGUUCGAGUUUGGCAUGAAACAAUUGCUUGCAUAUUUCUAUUAACAUAAGCACGGUUGUUUUCCAUUGUGACAUCAAACACUGUAACAACGCAUGCAGGCAAACUGCAUAAGAUACCUCACGCGUCCGGGGUAUUUUUGAUCUGAAAGGUAUGACAAUACCCACGCAAUCGAUGAACAAAGUUACCUGUUCUCUUUAAGAAAUGUUAACACAAUUGACAUUUUACUGCUUUUACGUAGAUAGUUUAUGCCCAGUGAGAGACGGUGAAUAUAAUUACAUGUUUAAUCUUGGAUGUUAAAACUUGAAUUUGAUUCAACAUAUGCACAUCUUGUGGAGGGUUCUUCUCCUAGAUAAUGCCUAAGAUCGUUGAGUAUACCAUCCUGAUGGUCCUGUGUUUCUGUAUCAUGGUAUUUAAAGAAAUUACGGGGAAACCUUCCGAACCGGUAGCCUUGUAUCUCCAUACUAAGGCAAGAACUUGGAACGAGGCUAACCACAAAUGCAGGGAAGAGAACAGCCGAUUGGUCACUUUGAAGGAUAGUACUAAGGUCCAAGCUCUCCGAGUUGUAGUCAAAGAGUGGAAGGCGCGGUACCUCAUAAACGACGAUUUAUGGAUGGGGAUGUUUUACACAGACACUGGCAGGUACAACUGGACGGACUGUAGUUCCGUGGGAACCUGGACGUUGUGGUACUACGACGAGCCAAACUCCCAGACAAAACACAGGUGCAUCCGUGUGGACCACAGCAACCUGAGUUGGAAAACCAUCAACUGUGAUCGUAGCUACCAGUUCAUCUGCGAGAAACAGCUAGAGAAAUGCUGGUUCGAUACCUUUACUCAUAAAAGGAUAACCGGAAGUUUGGUUAGCGCGGGGUUGAUGGAUCUUGCUGGGUGUGAGAACCACUGCCUGACUAAAGACGCGCUGCACGUGGAGUGUGCGGCCUUCACCUUCACGGAAAAUAACGAGUGUCUCGUGUUGAUACGGGACAAGCCGUAUCUAGAAAGCGAAUCCCUCCCCGCGAUGAAGUUCAAUCUGUCCAGCGUCUCAGCCAUCAAACGAUGCUUUUUCUACGACUACUCUACAUACAGUGAUAUGACGUACCGGGAUACGAACCCGUUCCCUGGGUACACGUGCUCAGCACCGCCCAGCCAGGACCGAGUGUCGUCGUCCUCCACGCUGAUAACCCAGUCAUCCACACCGUCUCAGGCGUCUACUCCGGGUUGCAGUUGCGACUGUUAUCCAUCAACUUUCACACCGGAUCCAUUGCCAGUACCCUCGACAGAUGUUCCAUCAGGGUUAUCUAUUCCGAUCAGCAUUUCUCCACCAAUCGGCAUUUCCGUACCAGUCACGGUUUCUGAACCAAUCAAUGUUUCCCCAAUAACGAGCAUUUCCACACACGUGAGCAUUUCCCCAACAUUGAGUAAUUCCCAAACUGUGAGCAUUUAUUCAACUGUGAGCAGUUCUCCAAAAGUGAGCAAUUCCCCAACAGUGAACAUUACCCAAACAGUCAACAUCUCCCCAACAGUGAACAAUUCUCCAACGGUGAACACUUCACCGACGGUGAACUCUUCUCCAACAGUGAACAUUUCUCCAAUAGUGAACAUAUUCCCAUCAUCCAGUGUGCCAGAUAGCCUGAUGAACAGUGAUAGCCCGGUGGACAGAGAUAGCUCGACGAUGUCGUGUGCAUCCUGGGUGGAGUUAGAAACAUCGAUGACAGAACAGACCGAGUUGGCGACAUCUUCGCUGUAUAGUCCAGAAUGUACUUUCAUGGAAGAAGCGUCUUCAGCUAAAGGCGGUACGACAUCGUACACCAAUGGUCUAAUACUGAACAGAAUCUCCCUUUCGUCAUACCGUCGGAAGAUGACGUCAGCAGUAGAUUCUCGCACGAGCGCCGUUGUGAUUGGUUCGAUUGGAUGUUUAAACAUCGCUCUGUUUUUCGUGAUCCUGUUGAUCCUCGAUGCAACGAACUUGAUCCAGCUUGCCCAUUACGUCGUAAACAAUUGGUUCAAAUGAUAUGACAAUGUUUUUUGUUUUUACGUCCUGUCGACUCUUUAUCUAAAGUUAAAGGACCAAACAUAACCUAAAAACUAGGGUGAGGGAAUAAUAAUAAUAAUAAUAAUAAUAAUAAUAAUAAUAAAAUCAGGACCAAUAAUAUACGACGUUCUUUAAUUGGACUAAAAGUGCUUAUUUAAAUAAAUCUAGGAGACUUUUAUGCAAUUUAAAAAAAAAAAAUGGUAGUGCAAUCGACCAUUGCCCCUACCUCCGCUAAAUGCAUGCAGCAUUCAGUACAUCAUUUGGACCUCCUCUAGUCCUAACACUGAUAAACUGUUGAAUGAAUUUCAGUAUCGUCAUUUGUCAAUGUCAACGUGGAGACGCAAUUCAGCUUGAAACUGACGUCACCCAUUAAUCAGUAGGUCACCUAGGUAUUAUUUGCAAUAAAUUUAUAAAUAUCAGUAAAUGAAAAUAUUUGGUUAAACUUUUUUUAUCGGCAUUUAAUUCAAAGUAUGAUGUUUACAUUUCACAAUAAAAAUUAAUAAAUAUAUUUUUGUCAGUAAACAACUUUAGUGGCGGGACGUAGCCCAGUGGUACAGCGCUUGCCUGAUUCGCGGUCGGUCUAGCUAGGAUCAGUCCCCAUCAGUGAG